AUGACUGCUACAAACGGAGUUAAGCCCGUCACCGACACUAAGGGCACUUUUCUCUUCACCUCUGAGUCUGUCGGCGAAGGCCACCCGGACAAGAUCUGCGAUCAAGUAUCCGACGCUAUCCUCGAUGCCUGUCUCAAAGAGGAUCCCUUCUCUAAGGUCGCCUGUGAGACGGCCGCUAAGACUGGCAUGAUCAUGGUCUUCGGCGAAAUCACGACCAAGGCCCAUCUCGACUACCAGAAGAUCAUCCGUGGCGCCAUCAAGGACAUUGGCUACGACCACUCAGAGAAGGGCUUCGACUACAAGACCUGCAAUGUCCUUGUUGCCAUCGAGCAGCAGUCCCCGGACAUUGCCCAAGGUCUCCACUACGAUGAGGAGCUCGAGAAGCUCGGCGCUGGUGACCAAGGUAUCAUGUUCGGAUAUGCUACCGACGAGACUCCGGAGCUGUUGCCGUUGACCCUUAUUCUUGCCCACAAGCUCAACUCUGCCAUGAAGGAAGCUCGUAAUGAUGGCAGCCUGCCAUGGCUGCGACCAGACACUAAGACCCAAGUCACCGUCGAGUACGCACACGAUGGUGGUGCCGUCGUCCCUCUCCGUGUGGACACUGUUGUCGUUUCUGCUCAACACAGCGAGGACAUCUCCACCGAAAUGCUCCGAAAGGAGAUCAAGGAGAAGAUCAUCAAGAAGGUCAUUCCCGCCAAGUACCUUGACGACAGGACCGUCUACCACAUUCAACCCUCAGGCCUCUUUAUCAUUGGCGGUCCCCAGGGUGAUGCCGGUUUGACUGGUCGUAAGAUCAUUGUCGACACCUACGGAGGUUGGGGAGCCCACGGUGGUGGCGCUUUCUCCGGCAAGGACUACUCCAAGGUCGACCGCUCUGCCGCGUACCUUGCGCGCUGGAUCGCCAAGUCGCUUGUUAACGCAAAGCUAGCUCGUCGCGCUCUCGUUCAGUUGUCAUAUGCCAUUGGGGUUUCGGAACCUCUCUCUCUUUUCGUCGAAACCUACGGCACCUCGGAUAAGACCUCUGAGGAACUCGUUGAGGUUAUCCACAAGAACUUCGAUCUGCGUCCCGGUGUUAUUGUGAAGGAACUCGACCUCACGAACCCCAUCUACAACCAGACGGCCAAGAACGGCCACUUCACCAACCAGGACUUCACUUGGGAGAAACCCAAGGUCUUGAGACUCUAA